UUUUGUUUUCUUUUCCUCCACUGAAAAAGACCCCACCUUCCUCGCCGUUUAAAAUUUGCCCCUAAACACUUGCUCGCUGCUCACUUAACAGGGCAGACAGAGCAGCCAUGGAACCUAUAAUUACUUUCUUUUUUCUUUUCUUACUGGUAGAUAUAUCGAGUGCAUCGGCAGACCAUGGCUCAUCAUCAUCAGGUCGCACCAGCAUCAUCUUCGCUACACUGGGAAGCAGAUCGAGUAACGCUUUUGAUAUCUUCGCUCUCCCUACUACUACCCCACCUGACUCAUCAAACGAAAUCCAAAUAACCGACGGUAAAUCCUUAAAUUUCAAUGGUCACUUUCCUUCACCCACCUCUCUCGUCUCUCUUUUUCCCAACCAAACUCUAAUUCAUUCCUCUGCCCACCAAAACUCCGCCUCUAUCACCGUCAUCUACGUCACUGAACGGGGCGGAUCAUCAACUAUCUACCUGGACGUACUUUCCUAUGAUACUGCGCGUAGCGCCAGAUCAAGGUCAGCUCUUGAAACUCCUCCCCGCGUUCAAAUCCCAUUGCUGAAGGGCAAUAAUGUUGGAGUUUCGUUUAAGGAUAAGCCAACUAUUAAUGGAAAUUAUUUAGUUUAUCUGUCAACUCAUGAAGACGCAGGUAAGCCACGAGCCAGUUGGGCUGCUGUGUACUCAACCGAGUUGAACACCGGGUUGACUCGUCGUCUCACUCCGUAUGGAGUCGCCGAUUUUAGUCCUGCGGUGUCUCCUUCAGGGGUUUAUACUGCUGUGGCAUCUUAUGGAGAAGCGGGAUGGAAAGGUGAAGUUGAAUUAUUGAGUACUGAUAUCUAUAUCUUCUUGACCCGUAACGGAACUCGCCGAGUUAAAAUUAUUGAAAACGGAGGUUGGCCGAGUUGGGUUGACGAUUCAACACUCUAUUUUCACAGAAGUAGCGAAAAAGACGGUUGGAUAAGUGUUUACAGAGCGACGCUACCGAGUCAUACUUCCCUAUCAACUGACUCAGUGAUUAUUGAACGAGUCACACCGCCCGGUGUCCACGCAUUCACUCCAGCUACUUCUCCAGGUAAUAAAAAAUUCAUAGCAGUAGCUACAAGAAGACCCAAUUCAGAUUAUAGGCAUAUAGAGCUAUUUGACCUUGCUAAGAACGAGUUUGUUGAGUUAACUCGUUUGGUAUCGCCCCAAACUCAUCAUUAUAACCCGUUUAUCUCACCUGACGCUGCCCGAGUUGGCUACCAUAGAUGUAGAGGUGCUUCCAAUGAUAAAAAGAGCAGUACCCAAUUCAUGUUAGAGAAUAUAAAGAGUCCAGUAGCUGAGAUUUCGCUAUUUAGAAUUGAUGGGUCGUUUCCUUCUUGGUCACCUGGUGGUGAUCGUAUUGCUUUCGUUGAAUUUCCGGGUGUUUAUGUUGUAAACCGGGACGGUACGGACCGGCGCCAGGUUUAUCCCGGGAAUGCAUUUGGGACAACUUGGGACCCGGUUCGUCCUGGGGUUGUGUACUCCAGUGCUGGUCCUGAAUUUGCUAGUGAGAGUACUGAGGUUGAUAUAAUCUCAAUUAAUGUUGAUCAAGUGGGCAGCUUUAAAAAGUUGACUACUAAUGGUAAAAAUAAUGCAUUUCCUGCUGUUUCACCCGAUGGGAAAUGGAUUGUUUUCCGAUCGGGUCGCUCCGGUUAUAAGAACUUGUAUAUAAUGGAUGCGGUUGAAGGGGAGAAAGGCGGACUCUAUAGGUUGACGGAGGGUCCAUGGGGCGAUACAAUGUGCAGUUGGUCAAUAGAUGGUGAAUGGAUAGCGUUUGCUUCAGAUCGGGAGAAUCCGGGUUCUGCCAGCUUUGAAUUGUUUCUGAUCCACCCGAAUGGAACAGGGCUGAAAAGAUUGGUUAAAAGCGGGUUGGGUGGAAGAACAAACCACCCGUAUUUUAGCCCUGAUGGGAAGAGUAUAGUAUUUACUACAGAUUAUGGUGGAAUAUCAGCAGAGCCAAUCUCAAACCCACAUCACUUUCAACCUUAUGGAGAGAUCUACACUGUUAAAUUGGACGGUUCUGAUUUAAAAAGGUUGACACACAAUUCAUUUGAGGAUGGGACCCCUGCAUGGGGUCCUGCAUAUAUUGAGCCAGUAGAUUUGGAGUGGCCAAAAUAUGGACCGCAGUGUUCAUUUGAUGACUGCCAUUGGCUCAGUGAAAUACCUAAGCAUAGUGUUGGGUUUAAACUGUUGGAGUCGAGAAAUCCUCAAUGUCGUGCAUAAGUUAGUUUUAUUUUGUGUGGCGUAACACCUGUUGUAAUUAUAUGCUCUCUCUCUCUCUCUCUCUUUAUGUAAAGAUUAAUAAACUGAAAAGUAAUAUGAUCAAUGAAAUGUUAAUUCUGAGAUUGUGUUC